AUGCAGUCCGUCGUUUUCAAAGGUCCCCUCAAGGUCGCACUGGAGCAGAGACCCAUACCCGAAAUUCAAGCCCCGACCGAUGUGAUCCUCAAAGUUAGCUCCGUAGGAUUGGACGUGAAGUCCUUCAAGCGCGGCGACCGAGUGGUUUCGCCCUUCACCGUGAGCUGCGGGAGCUGUUUCUACUGCAAACGGGGCUUCUCCUCUCGAUGUGCACAGAGUCAACUAUAUGGCUCAGCGGCACUGGACGGGGGACAGGCGGAAUAUAUUCGCGUGCCCUUGGCCGAUUCGACUUUAUUCCACGCCCCGCCAGAGAUUGACGAGAAAAAGUUGGUCCUAAUGGCCGAUAUCUUCCCCACGGGCUAUUUUGCGGCGUCGAACGCGUUCAAAGCCCUAGAUCCUGAGGAUAUUCAGCAAAGUACAGUCCUAGUCUUUGGAUGCGGUCCCGUAGGGCUGUGUGCCAUCGCAAGUGCCUUGGAUUAUCAGCCAAAGCAUCUACUCGCUAUUGAUAGCGUGCCGGCCCGGCUAGAAGUCGCUAGGGGUCUCGGGGCCGAACCCUGGAAUUUCCAAGCGGAUGAAGCCGGUCUCAGACAACGCGUCAAAGAACUCACUGAUGGGAGAGGCGCAGAUGUGGUCAUUGAAGUGGUUGGGCACAGUAGCGCGUUGCGGAUGGGAUUUGAGAUGCUGCGGCCCUGGGGCCAUCUUUCGAGUGUCGGCGUUCACAACCAAGAGAUACCAUGGACAGGAAAUGAAGCAUAUGGCAAGAAUCUGCGGUUGCAAAUGGGUCGAUGCCCGGUUCGGAGUAGGUUGGCCAAACGUUUCAUCUCUACUAGUACUGACAAGGAAUAG